AUGUCUCCUAAAUCUACUCAAUCCUCCGCUUUCACGAUACUAGAUAAGUGGAGAGGUAAAUCUUCCACCAAAUGGAAAAAAAAACAGACAUUGCAAGUGAAAUUAGCUUUGAGAAAAAAUAAUUCCGAUGUCCAUUCAUUAAUUUUCGACGGAAGAGGGACAACUUACAAAUCGUGGUUCAGUGGUAGUAGACUCAUUUCCACACCGUGGUUUGGAAAUUCAUCAGCAAACUACAAUUUGUUUUUCAACGAAGAGAGAUUUGCCAUCUGGCCAAAAGAUCGAUAUAGUGCGAUGCAAGCACAGAAGAAGAGUGGUAACAACACAGGUUACGCUGUAUAUUACAGAGAGGAUUUAAGAAAUUCAAGCGACAGGAAUGAUGUAGAUGCUAUGGAUAUCUACAUCUUAAUGACAUAGAUACAUACAUACAUACAUACAUACAUACAUAC